AUGGCUGGCGGAGCUCCUGUGCUCGUUCCCACGGGUGGCGUGAAGGACGAGGACCCGAUCGUCUUGUGCAUGGAAGACAUCAAGGCCGUCGCAGAUGGGAAGCUCCACGAAGUCGCAAGAGACUUCUACAAUUCCGGCUCCACAUAUCAAAUGACCAUCAACGAGAACAGCACCGCCUUCAACAAGUACAGACUACGCUCUCGCGUGCUGAUCGACGUCUCGAAGCUCAGCACCGAAGCUGCAUGUCUUGGGGGUACCCUCAGGUUCCCGCUCUGCGUAUCCCCCGCUGGGCUCCAGGCGAUGGCGCACAUCGACGGCGAGCUCGCAACGGCGCGCGCAUGCGCCAAGCUCGGCGUCAACAUGGCGAUCUCGAGCUUCUCGAACUACGCUGUCGAAGAGGUCGUUGCCGCCAGCGCCGGCAAGAUCAGCCACGCCAUGCAGCUGUACACGAUGAAGGACCGCGGCCUGCAGGAACGGAUCAUCCAGCGCGCCGAGGCCGCGGGCUGCAAGGCCAUUUUCCUGACGGCCGACUCGCCCGUGCUAGGGGUGCGGUAUAACGAGUGGCGCAACGACUUCCGCACGCCCGAGGGCCUGGCUUUCCCCAUGCUGGAGUGGACGAGCGAGAAGAUCCGCCAGCAGACGCACGACAGCGGCUUCACAAAGUUCAACGACGACUCGCACAACUGGGCCAGAGACAUCGCGUGGCUGAGGGAGCGGACUAAAAUGCAGAUCUGGAUCAAGGGGAUCGUCACGGCCGAGGAUACCGAGCUGGCGAUCCAGCAUGGCUGUGAUGGCAUUUUGGUCAGUAAUCACGGCGGCAGGCAGUUGGACGGUGUGCCCGCGACGAUCGACGCGUUGGUAGAGUGUGUGGACGCCGCGCAGGGGAGGAUUCCGAUCCACAUGGACGGAGGCGUCAGGAAGGGGACCGACAUCUUCAUCGCCUUGGCCCUGGGCGCCGACUGUGUCUGGGUUGGUCGGCCCGCGAUCUGGGGGUUGGCGUACAAUGGCCAGAAAGGCGUUGAGAAGAUGCUGGAGAUGCUGUAUGAGGAUUUCAGGCGGUGCAUGGCGCUCUGCGGCUGCAAUAGUGUCAAGGAGAUCAAGAGGAGCUGUCUGAGCAGGAUGGGACUGGAUGGCGUGCUGAGGCGUAUGGAAUAG